CCUUCGACAAUCCAUUCAAGCCAGCAAGUUUGGAGAGCGUGUAGAGUUUAAUCAAUUCAUAACGUCGAGAUGGAGCCGAACUCACUGAAGUGGGUGGGCUCGUCUUGCGGUUUACAUGGACCAUAUAUAUUCUAUAAAGCCUUUAAAUUUACUGGGGAUGGCAAAGCGAGAAUCCUCGCUCUCGGAGACUUUUUCUUCGUGAGAUGCAAACCCGAGGAUCCUAUAUGCAUAGCGGAACUCCAGCUUCUCUGGGAGGAAAGAACAAGCAAGCAACUUUUAUCCAGCUCCAAACUUUAUUUCCUACCCGAGGAUACUCCCCGGGGACGAUCCGUCGCUCACGGAGAGCACGAGGUAAUCGCCGUGUCCGAGAAGGUGAUUGUGCGGCUUCAGGACCUUGUGAAGUGGACGGUACCGGACCUCUCAGGAUGGGCCAACGGUCUGAAGGUGGAGCCUCUCAAAUCCUCGGUGCUCCGCGAGCUGGGGACCAACGGGAGGCGCGAGGCCCUCCACCGCUACAGGGAGAGCACCCUGACCAGCGGGCUCAACUUCAAGGAUGUCCAGAGGGAGCGGGCACAUCUAGGCCAAGAAGAGGACGGACGGAAGGUUUUAGUCCUCAGCUACCCCCAGUAUUGCCGCUACCGCUCGGUUCUGGCCCGGCUCCGGGAGCAGCCGUCCUCUCUGCUCAUAGACCACACGGUGCUGGCGCUGGGCGGCAUCGCUGCGCUGGGCGGAAGCACCAGGAUCCUGUACUGCCGCGACACCUUUGAACACCCCGCCCUGCUACAGAAUGAGAGCAUCUGUGACGAGUUUGCUCCCAACCUGAAGGGGCGACCUCGAAAGAAGAAGCUCUCCAUCUCUCAGAGGAGGGACUCCCAGGGUCAGGCUCUGGGUCAGGGCUCGUUAGGGUCGACCCUAGGUUCAGCAGCUGUGCCAGCUCAGGACCCCUCAAGCCCAGAAAGCAAGGCUACAACCAAGGUCAAGCCUGGCUGUAAAACGGUACCCAACGGAAAACUAACCACACCGGGCAAACAAAAGCCCACCGGGCUCAAUAAGAAGUCCUCACCUGAUGAGAAGGAGAGAGGAAAGGAGAAGGAAAAGGAGGAGAAGAGCGAGAAAAAGGAACAGAAGAAAGAUGAGGAAACUUCAGAGGAGAGCCGGGCCAAAGAGCAGGCUUUCUUGGUAGAUCUCUACAAGUACAUGAAAGAACGAGACACGCCCAUAGAGAGGAUCCCCUUCCUUGGCUUCAAACAGAUCAACCUUUGGACUAUGUUUCAAGCUGCUCAGAAACUCGGAGGAUAUGAGUUGAUCACAGUCCGCAGACAGUGGAAGCACGUAUAUGAUGAAUUGGGCGGAAACCCCAGCAGCACAAGCGCCGCCACGUGUACGCGAAGACACUAUGAAAGGCUCCUCCUUUCUUAUGAGAGGCACCUUAAAGGCGAACAGGACAAGCCCCUCCCGUUGACCAAGCCCAGGAAGCAGGAGAGCAGCCAAGAGAAGGUGUCUGGAGCCGGAGCCAAAGUGAAAAUAGUAGGGGCCAAGAAACUAAAAGGCCCCAACCACCCCAAGCUAGAGAGUAAAAAGGAGAGAGGAGAGGUGAAACAAGAACCAACACAGGAGUCAAAGGUGAAAGAAGAGAACCAUGAAAUCUCCACAGCCAUAAAAAAUGAUGCAUCUCUUCAAGACGAACCAAUUGUGAUAGAGGAGGAAGAGUUACAUGUCACCCUGAAGAAAGAGGAGUCAUUGGCGGUGGAGCAGCCGUCCUUGCUCUGCCCCAAAGAAUCUGACUGCAGACUCCCCCACAGUGGUUUUUCCCUCCACACGGGGCCUUCUCCCCAACCGGAAUGGAGGCACAUCAGCGAUGCCCUCCAAGCAAAGCUUGUUGGUGAACAACAAACAGAGGGGCAUUUCAUUCCAAAAACUUCUUACCUGCUUCAUCGCUGGGAUCAGAAUAAAGCUGUGGGACAUGUCGCUCUGCCUGAGCACUUCUCCAAGGUCAAAGACUGCAUUGAGAAUCACGGUGGGAGAGUGGGGAAGGUGUUGCCCAUGUGUAAGCAGGUGGAUGGACAGUGUAUCGAUUUGAGCACAGAUUCUUACUCAGAGAAGGAUGACUAUGGGGCGAUUAAGAAAGAGUCAACCCAGGGCACAGGACAGACAGCUGCCUACUGCAAAGCAAACCAGGGGGUCAUGUCUCCUUUAGCCAAAAAGAAGCUCCUCUCCCAGGUCUGUGAGUCCAACACUUACUCCUUUUCUUCUCUUCAGUCUCCACCCCCCACAGCUGCAUCUUCUCUCCAUCAGGGUGAUCGAGAAAAGGAGAAAAUAAAGAGUGAAGAAGAGGUGGUGGGACAAAGGUACAAAGGUGCACCAGACAGCAACCCUGAAGUCUCACCCAUAUUCAGGCCGUCAGUGAUCCAGCAUGCACAGAGCAGCAAGGCUCAUCAACAGACCACCGGAGGGCAGUCAGAGAAGAGCAAUGCUGCUGAGAUGUCAGACUCUUUCAGCCGGACGAGCCAUCAUCUUCUGCCUCAAACAAGUGUGCCAUGGCAGCCGUACCUCCCCCGAAACCAAACCCAGGACGGUGCAGAGACCGCAGGGGAGAAAAUCCUCCAAGGUCCAGUCGCUCAGUCAAGGAGCUAUACAGGGGACUGCUACUCAUCCCCUCACCUUCACAGCUUGUACAGACAGACUGAGAGCUGCCUGAGCCAAGAGAGAAUGGCUAGCUUUGCUGGUGGAGAGCGGAGAGAGCACUACAGCAGGGAGCGUGAGGGCAGCCAAAGCUUUGUUUGUGGCGGUCUGGAGCAGGAAGGCUUGGCAUACAGAUCUCACUACAGUGACAGGACUCAGACACAAAGAGAGAAUGGAGAGGUUGAAGACGAACCCAGAGACUUUUCUAUUUCUAAACCUCUAUCUCAGAGGGUUUCGUCCUUUUCCAAGCCCCCUUUCUGUAGUAUCUCUUAUCCUAUCAUGCACCACGGUUUGGAUUCCCAUCCUAAGGCAUGCAGAGUGUCGCCUAUGACAACCUCUACCCCCAAACAGAGCUCAACAGAUACUUCUCAGUCAUUUGCCAGCACCAAAGCUUCAGGUGAACUGUCCAUCAACAGUCCCAUUCGACCCAGUAAGCGGAGCCUGGUGGAAGCAGAGAGCGAAGACCCCCCGGAAAGGAAAGUGCGCGUGGUGACCCCUAUUCACCCUCCUAGUACGGUCCGACGGAGUGACCCUGAGGAGCUGAAACCCGCUGAGCCAGCCCACGCUAUUCACCUCAAUAAUCAUCUCCCUGAGGGCCACUCUGCAACCACCUUUGCCCCACCCCACACUGCACCACUCUAUGCUGGCAUUUACCCACACGGCACCCUGGUUUCACCAGGCGCUCAGGAUGGGCUCCAGCAGCACCCAGGCCUGCAAUACCUGAAAAGCCAGUCGGCCGUGUCCCCCCUCAUGCCCCCCUUCGCCAUCCACUCCAUGAUGCUCCACAGGCAGCUGCUAGCCUCCAGCCCCAGCCCCCACCACCUCUACAGGUACCCGGGUGGGGCGGCAUUGUAUGGAGAGCUGUUGCACCACCUCUACCCUCUCUCGACCCUCCCACCACCUCAGCUGUCUUCGGUACACCCCAGCACCAGACUUUGAGGGAGAACACCUUUUUUUCUCCACUCUUAUUGUUGAAAUGGUCUCUGCUUAUUUUCAUUUACAUUGUGGCUCAAGUCGUGGCAAAACUUAGAUCAUACCUUUUACUGAUGAAAAACUGCUAAAUAUCACUCAGACUGCAAAUUCCAUUUUUUAUUUUUAUUUUUUCUGUGUAUGCCUUUGUUUAUAGACUUUGCACUGUUCUUUAUUUUUUAUCACCACUUACUGUAUCUUGUUGCUUUUGUAACCCUAUUUGCACAAUGCUCGUGUGUAUAUGCUCACAGAUCAGCUUGCCGCUCUCAGUGACCACGAUUCAGGUUUGUUGCUCUGGAACGUGAAAAGUGGAGGGAAGCAGAGAAAAGCCGUUUGUUUACUGUGUCUGAGGGCUAAACUUUGUUGCCUAAUAACACUAUGAAUAACAUGACAAUGAAAUAGAAAACAUCUUAAAUAACCUCUGUAGGCGAGUUCAUAACUGCAAGCAGGCAUGGGUCGGUAUGACAUUCUUAGGGGAUGAUUAGCUUGAGUAACAAUACCACAGUUUCAUGGUAUUUACUCAAAAGUAAUUUAAUUUCUUUCAUUUUAAACAGAAAAGCAAAACAUUAUUCCUACUGCUGCUAAAUUAUUACAUUUAUUGUGACAGUUUUAAUUAGGUGAGGGCAACGCACAUCAGUGACUUCAAAACGUCCGUCAAAAAACAUGCCUCUUUUAUGGUCCAUCAAACAACCCAGAAGGACACUCCAGGAUGACACAAUGAUCCCUUUAAAACCUUUUCUAUUCAUAAGCGUCAAAGCUUAUCCAAGGCCGGAGUCCAGUAAUCUGUUUUUUCUCUGCGCACUUCAACACAAUGUGUGUUUAAGGGGUCAUUUGAUGAGCAUUAAUUAGCACACCUGGUGCACGCUCCCCUUUGCCUGUAAUAUGUAUUUGUAAUUUUGAUUUUACCACAAAAUAUACAACAAACCCUAGGUUAUACUUAAAAACCUUAGAACCAGUUUUUAAGUGUAAAAUUAUACUUUUUUUGCCAUUCUGCUCUAAAUAGAGUAACACAAGUAUAACUAUCUGAUAUUAGCUGGUUAAUUAGCCAGGCUAUCUGCUCUGGUAGAAUCUGCCAUCAGCACAUUAACAGACAUGCCACUCGUAGCUGGGCAACUAUGGUUUUACUGCAGUGUUACCAUAAGCGUUUCCACACCGCAGUUCUGCAUUUUUCAUAAUGGAAAACAUUUUCAAACAGGAAAACUUGUCUUAUGUUUAACUGAGGGUAAAGUGUUAACGUUCAUAUUUAUUUUUCUAAACCACACCAUACUAAUAUUUUUGCCUUGGGAAGAGUCCAGAAAUCAACAUUUGGUGCAAUAAACAAUAUUUUCAAUCAUAGCCUUUAUGGAUCUUGGUAUACUCUCCACUAGUCUUUCACAUGACUGUGGGGCACAGGUGAUCACCUAAUCAGUAUCUUAUGAAAUGGAAUGUUGUACAUGUAGAAAUGCUGUUUUCAGAGCUGUCUCAAAGUUUUCCAGAGCUGUAGGACACAAAAGUCAGAGUAUUUCGAUCACCUUGGCAUCUCAUUAAAAAGACGCUAAACUGCAGAAGCAGUACAACAAAAUGUUUGCUUUUUUGAAACCAUAACUUUUAAAACCCAGUAACCAGUCCAUGCCUAAUUGCAAACAAAAUAAAACAGCUGAAUCAUUUAUUUCUCUUCAGGCAGCCAGUGCUGUUGUGUCUGUUUACAUGUCUCCAAGCUGAACUCUGUUCCUUAUUUGUGCCACAGUAAAUCCAGCUGGAGUGGACUGAUUGGGAUAAAUGUUAAUACCCACUGUGGCGCUGCUUAACACAGAACAGCUUCAUCGCAACCACAUUCAGAGGUGCUGUGUGUAACAGAUGUACUGUAGAGUCCCUCUUUACAAAGUUCAGGUUCGUUUUUGUUGUUUUUACACAUCUUCCUUUGUCACGUUCGAUCUGUUUGCAAAUCAUGGAUGUUUUUGGCUUCGGCUGGUGUAACUUUUACCUUCUGAGCUGAAAGUAAUUUGACCUCGGGACAUUUUUGUGAUGAGUACUGUUGCAGCUUGUUUUGCGUAUGCAGGAACAGCAUAAUGAAGCAGCCGUCUGCUGUGGAAUGCUCACCACAAAGAAGAAAAAAAAACCUUGCAUUUCAUAUUUUUGUUCCUGACUUGAAAUGCUUCAUUUCCUUGACAAACAGACUCUUUUAAUAUAUGGUUUGAUAGGAAUGUUGUCACUUAGGAUAUUACUGCUUUGCAAAUAUCUGUGCCUUUCACAGUCUUGGAUUAGAGUUAGUACUACGCUCAUUAAGGUAUACCUUCUGUAGCAGGGUAGGAAUGUCAAUAUUACUCUUGUGUCAAAUGCAGUACGCAGACAUUAUCAAACAACAUGGCUCACUUUGAGACACCAGACUAUAAAGGGUAGGGCUUUAAAAUAUUAGGAAACUAAAGACCGAUGUUAGAUUUUUUUGUGCUUUAACAAAACAUCUUCUCUACCAGUGAUUUAAAAAAAAAGGUACCAGACUCCAUAAAGUAUGCCUGUCAUGCUCUGUAGCCCCGAGGUGCAACAAUAACACCUGCGCUGGCUUUUUUACAACCACUAUGAUUGCAAUGCAGGAUGGCUGAAAUACAAGGAGAACAUUUCUGUUUAAAACAAACAAAAAAAAAAAAAGCUGUAAACAUCUACGAUUUUACUGAACACUUAAAGACAUUCAUUGCUGAUUUUAGUACUGUACAUUGCUGUGUGUUUGCUGGCUCCUGUAGAGAACAUUCAUACGGGGAACAACUCAUGGAAAACCUGCUUCUUUUUGUCUUAUCUGUGUAAAUAUGACUGUAGAUAUCACUGCGUGGUUGUUAUCAUAUAAACUGUUAUAAUCUGUAAAUAGUAAAAAAAAAAAAAAAAAUGAACAGUAUAAAAGUUGGUUACACAAACUACGUGUUCCUUUUUUGCUAUUUAUGUUAGGCUCAAAGAAACACUACAAAUUAAGAUUUAAGAUACACUUUUUGUUUUUUAUUUGUUGUCCAUGAUUUUUUUUUUUUAUGUUGUGUAUCCUGAAACUGUUUUUGAUACCAUAGCCAUCUGUUUACCAAUCAUCCAGCUGGCAGCAAAACAAAAAAUAAAGACAUUUUGUAUGAUAUGACCUCCUGUAUAUUUAAUUAAAGUAUUUUACUAUCA